AUGCUGUCCAGACCUUCCCUCUCGGCGUUUCACCUCUCACACGGGAUUGAUCUUGGUGCUAUGGCGGCUGAAAAACGACGUGUUGGAUGUCCUGGCGACGAGUCUGUUGACAGUCUUCAAUUAGUUGACGUCCCAUUGACCACCGGCACUGGCCCAAUCCUUUGUGACGUAUCGACUCCUUUUCAUCGCCCUUAUGUACCCGCCUCGAUGCGUCGAGCUGUUUUUCAAAUUCUCCACGGACUCUCUCACCCUGGGAUUCGAGCCUCACAGAAGCUCCUCGCGGAAAGGUUCUUAUGGCCUGGGUUGGACAAGGAUGUGAAAGCUUGGACACGAUCGUGUCUUUGCUGUCAACGUAACAAGGUUCAACGCCACAAUCAGUCUCCAUCGGGCACGGUCCCCAGCCCCGAUGCACGGUUCAACCAUGUGCAUUUAGAUGUCGUAGGUCCUUUACCUCCAUCCAAUGGCUAUACUCACCUUCUCACCUGCGUUGAUCGCUAUACCCGUUGGCCGGAAGCCAUUCCUUUAACGAAUGUGCAAGCUAAAACCAUUGUGAAAGCCUUCGUCAGUCGUUGGGUCGCCAUAUUCGGUGCGCCAUCCAUGAUUACGACUGAUCGAGGCGCGCAGUUUGAGUCCACACUUUUCCAAACUCUCCUCAACUUCCUUGGCUGCACACGUAUUCGGAAGACGGCCUACCACCCAGCUGCCAACGGCAUGGUUGAGCGUUUCCACCGCCAGCUAGAAACUGCACUGUGUGCCGCAGAAGAUCCCGAAAACUGGUCAGACAAUGUACCCGUUGCACUUCUUGGCAUUCGUGCGGCACUGAAGUCAGACUUGGACUGCAGCGCAGCCGAAUUGGUUUGCGGCACUACCCUCCGACUCCCUGGUGAGAUGGUCACCCCAACUUCUCGUGGUGCCGAAGAGACCCCCGAAAAUUUUGUGCAUCAUCUGCGACAAUUCAUGCGCUCGCUUUCCCCGGUUCCACCUCGAGCUCCAUCGACCGAGCCUUAUGUUGAAAAAGGGUUAGCCAACUGCACCCAUGUGUUUGUUCGGUGUGAUCGUGUGCGGAAGCCGUUAGAAUCACCAUACGAAGGACCGUUCCGUGUGCUUGCACGUAACAGCAAGACCUUUCGGAUCCUGCGCGGUGACAAAGAGGACGUAGUCAGCAUCGAUCGGGUCAAGGCUGCUGUUGCAGAGGAGCCCCGGACGUUUCUCAAGGACAAGCAUGUGCUGACCUUAUACCUCCUCCCACUCCUUUUCCAUUUUCCCCACCUAUCCCUCCGUCCCGUAUACUUCCUCUUCCUUCUUGUUCGCAGCAUCAAACUGCAACCUCUUCCUCCACCCUUAACUUGUCCACUACAACACCUACUCAGCUGCCUCCAACAGUGCCUCCCGCACAUAUCACCCGCAGUGGACGUCACGUUCAUUUUCCCGAUCGUCUAG